GAAUCCAGCUCAGUCCCUCGGGGGGGUGGGGCCUAAGGCCCGGCCAGCACCGCCCUGACAGGCUGCCAACCCAGCAACUCUGCACUUAAGCUCGGUCGAUCGAGCUCCGAUGACUCGUUGGAUGAGAAAGCCGGCCUCUGGGGGGGAACUUUUGCUCCUCAGCUUGGCCAGUUUGUUUUCUGUCAUCUGUCUCGAUUUGCUUUUGAUUCUCUAUUUAUUUUUUACUUUUCUUAUUCGGAUUUCUCCUGUCGAUACUUACUUGAUACCUACCUACGUCACAGUGGACUCGGGGCGUAGGUAGCUCCUCGAUAGAUCGGCCGUGCACAGCACCACCGUUACGUACAUAGUAU